AAAUUAAAGAAAAAGGAAAUUUUCUUGGGCGUUCUUCGGCUUCGUUGUCACAAGGUUCGAGUUCGUCACCGUCUAGUACGACUGUGCGAGGGAGGAAGAGGCGAGGAGAAGAUGCAGAUCUUCGUGAAGACCCUGACGGGGAAGACCAUCACCCUCGAGGUGGAGAGCAGCGACACCGUCGACAACGUCAAAGCCAAAAUCCAGGACAAGGAAGGGAUUCCCCCAGAUCAACAGCGACUGAUAUUCGCUGGCAAGCAGCUGGAGGAUGGACGCACGCUGGCUGACUACAACAUCCAAAAGGAGUCAACUCUUCAUUUGGUCCUCAGGCUUAGGGGUGGAACCAUGAUCAAGGUCAAAACUCUCACUGGGAAAGAGAUCGAGAUCGACAUUGAACCCACUGACUCGAUUGACAGGAUCAAGGAGCGUGUUGAAGAGAAAGAAGGCAUUCCUCCCGUGCAGCAAAGGCUCAUCUAUGCUGGUAAGCAGCUUGCUGAUGACAAGACCGCAAAGGACUACAACAUCGAGGGUGGAUCUGUCCUCCAUCUUGUCCUUGCUCUGAGGGGUGGUUACUAGUCUAAACCUGAUGAACUAGCAGUCAGAUAAACUGUUGUGUUGGCUGCGAAAUGUGCAGGCCUGAUGUUGAACUUGCAAGGAGAUAGUAACAAAUUAUCAGCUUUGCGCCUUUGCCCAGUGGAAGGGGCUGUCUUCCAAGUUAUUGUCUGAUAUGGAAUUGUUCCAGAUUAUCAUGUCUCGGCGUUUACCCAUUAUUAUUAUUUGAUUUGAAC